AAGAAACGUCAAAUCAAAACCAGCUGGUUAAUUUGGUUGUUUUUAUAAUAAAAUAGGCGACUUAGACCGAUACCGGUCAGUUUGUAGAAUAAUAAAAAAAAAAACAAUAGUUUAGUCAAAGCUAUGCCAAUGUUGCGGAUUGUGAUUCCCAACUUCAAACCGGUUGGCUGUGGCAGCCCAACCAUCCGACGGACACUAUCAUCUGCUCUGUAUAUCACGGGCGAUAAGGCUAAAGAACAGUAUGCACCUUUGGUACCGUAUUUAGAUUUCCAGACGAAAUUGGCAAACCUGGACCGGCUGGAGCAUAAUCUGCGGCUUCGACGCUAUCAGCUCGAUUUCGAUGCCCUCAAGCGACAGUGGGAAUUAUAUCGGUCGAUCGAACUACGCAAACGGGACAUCGAGACCCGGCGUGUGCAACUGCGAGACCUAAUCGCGAAAGCUACCAGCGACGACGAAGUAAAACAAUUAAAAAUGCAAGCGGUUUUGGCGAAAGAAGAUUUAAAAAGCUUGAAGGAGAGCGGCUACGCCGUAGCAAAUGCUUUUGUAGCGAACAAGUUUCUUGGCAUACCCAAUGAAUUACACGAGCGAACGCCAACGGAGCAGAAAGUAGUACUGUUCCGAAAUAGUUCCAACAAACCAACUCGAGAUAACAGUAUAGGGAAGGAGUGGUUAGAAGAACACAGUUCAACUAGUUUCUACAUGACUGAAGAUGCCGCUUUGAUGGACCUGUUCCUACCGAUGACCUGUUCCUAUGUAUUUCAGGAAGCCGGUUUUGUUCUAUUCUCGAAUCCGGAUUUCGCACGGAGUGUUCUGGUGGAAGCUGCCCGAGUGGAUGCCGACUCAAUUUAUUUGAUAAACGAGGAAGUAGAUCUCGAGCACACUCUUAAUCGACUGCAUUUGUGUGGUGGAGGUACGAUGUUAAGCUUUCUCGGUUAUUUCACGAAGCUUUCGGUGUUUCCGACGGCACUGCCUCUCCGGCUGGUGACAGUUGGUAAUCAGUACCAUAGGGAAAAAACUCAAACUAGAGCUGUUCAAACAAUGGCGGUAGCAACGCAAGAAACGGAAGCCAUCCGGAUUUUCGAUGACACGUUAGAACUGUACAAGCGCUUUUACGAUAGGCUAGGAAUAAAUUACCGAUUAGUGUUGAUUCCUGCCCCUGAUCUGGAUCCUGCAGAAGCCUUGCGAGUUGAUGUGGAAGUUUACAGUCCUGAGAUAGAUGAUUACAUCAAAGUUGGCGAUCUUUGCUACUAUUCCAAUUUUAUCAGUAAACGCAUUGCGUUCAAUUACCACGAGGGAAAAACGCAAAAGUUUCCGUACAUGGUGUCGGGAACCGUGCUCGGCAGCGUCAAUCUGAUAAAACUGCUUUUGCAGCAUGGUAUUCAUUUCAAGGAUUUGAAAGUUGUAGAAUAAAAGUAUGAUGUAGAAUAUAAAAUAUAUU